UCUUCAGCAGUGGUUUUCAAAAUCAGCAGAAGUUCUUAAAACACAAAUGACCAGCUAAGAAAAUCCUCACAAAUGAUGGCUGCAGCUUCAGCUGACUUACUGACCAUUCUUCCACACAAGAAAGCCUCCUGGAGUAACCAAACCCACCUAGCCACAAACGCCUCCGAAAUUCAAAACAAUACCAGCUGUUUCUUAGAAGAUGAUGCGUUGUCAUUUGCUUUAAUACUUUUUUACUCUGUUAUUUUUGUCGUUGGAUUGGCCGGAAAUGUUAUAGCCCUGUUUGCUUUCCUGUGCAUUCACCAGAAGAGGAAUUCCAUCCAAGUUUACUUGCUAAAUGUGGCCAUUGCAGACCUUCUGCUGAUCUUCUGUCUUCCCUUCCGAAUAUUGUACCAUGUUAACAAUAACACCUGGAUGUUUGGACACAUUUUAUGCAAGAUUGUAGGAACUCUAUUUUACAUGAACAUGUACAUUAGCAUAGUACUGUUGGGACUAAUUAGUCUAGAUCGUUAUGUAAAAAUAACUAAGUCUGUGAAGCGUCCUAAAAUGCUAACUGCUACCCAAAGUAUAUAUAUUUGUUGCGCUGUGUGGGCACUUGCACUAACAGGAUUUCUAGCAGUAGUUGCACCAUCCUUCUUUAAGAGUGAGGUCAGCAAUUCUACUAUGUGCUUUCAUUACCGAAAUAAAAAGAAUGCAAUGACAGAAGUAGUUUUAAAUUACAUUAUUGUCAUAAUCUUUUGGACAGUUUUUUUCCUUUUGAUACUUUCAUAUGUUAAAAUUGCCAAGAACCUUCUGAAAAUCUCAAGAAGAAGAUCUAAUUUUCCCAAUGCAGGAAAAUAUACCCAGACAGCAAGGAAUUCCUUUAUUGUACUAAUUAUUUUCACCAUCUGUUUUGUUCCAUACCACAUCUUCCGAUUUGUCUACAUUACAUCACAGUUACAAAAUACACCUUGUUAUUGGAAGGGAAUCAUUCACAAAAGCAAUGAGGUGAUGCUCAUAUUUUCAUCUUUUAACAGCUGCUUAGACCCAGUUAUGUAUUUCCUGAUGUCCAGAACUGUCCGUAAGACUGUAUUCCAACUUAUUUGUAGAAGAAUUCAUGGAGAUUCAAGCAUAACUCUGGAAAGUACUUCAGAAAUAAAACUUGGACAAUACACACAAGAGCGAUUUUCUACUACCACUCCCCACUCAAGUUCUGUUAAGAAGAAGUCUGAUCUGAUUAAGUAAAUGGGUAACAGCUUCUCUCUUCGUCACUCUAGGACAUCAACUCAAGAUGCACCAAAUGCAAUACUGUAUGGCUACUAAUCCUGCCUCAUUCUUCCUGUUAAAAAACGAGAAGUCUUACUUCUGUUUGUGAAAAUGAGAAGUGACUUUUCUGAAGUACUUCAUGCUUGUUUAUCCAAGAAAACAAAACAGGAAAUGUCCUUAAAGUUAUCUCAGACACCUUCUGUGGGACUAAUGUAGAACACUAACUCUUUGAAGAGAUUUCUACAAAGUGGUUUGAGCCUGUAUAGACAUAAAUAUUACCAAUUUGUG